UCCAGGGUGUUGGUUCCUUCUUUAAACAAUCUCUUGUGUGUCUUUCAACUUUAUUAAGUGGAAAUUAACAAAAUAAAGGAAUGUUUUUAGAGGCCUUUUACUGGGAGAGCCUGCUGAAAUCUGUACUGGUCUGGUAACCCCACUAGCUAAAGCCCUUACCAAGCAGAAAGAUCUGAUUACAUGACAAGAGUGAUGCUCCGUUACGCUGCUCAUACACUUUCUUUUUGACAUGCACAGUCAGGGAUCUGACUCAGUUUAAAUGAGGAGUGGGUUUUGGAUCACCACUAUGCUCAGCUGCAGCUUGAGAGAUGGGCAGGGCUGCACCAACCAGUCGCUAGAAAAGGACAAGAUCCUCCAGCAUUCCACGCUCCUGAAAUCCAUCAAGUCCUCUGAUGUGGACCAAGAUGAUUUCUUCACCAACUUACAGUUUCAUUCUUCUUCUCUUUCUCUGUGCGGUCGAUUCAGGACGGAUUUUGAGUAAAAUCAAGGAUUGUGUACGUGACCACCAACUGCAGAAAAACCAGGAUUAUCUUCUGACCCUGACUGCCAGUGAUCACCAGCUGCUCCCACAGGUGAAAGAAUCUUGGAUCUAUCAGCCGCUGGAUCACUUCAAUCGACAGGACAUCAACACCUUCCCUCAGAGGUUCUUUGUGAAUGAGGCCUACUGGCAGUGCCCUGAUGGUCCAGUGUUUCUAUUCAUUGGUGGAGAAGGGCCCAUCCAUGAGUUGGAUGUUCUUAUAGGUCAUCAUGCUGACAUGGCUAAAGAGCACAGGGCUCUGCUGCUGGCUGUGGAACACCGUUUCUAUGGCAACAGCAUCAACCAAGAUGGCCUAAAAGCAGAGAACCUGGCAGUCCUGAGCAGCCAGCAGGCGCUUGCUGACUUGGCGGUUUUUCACCAAUACAUCAGUCAGAGCUUCAACCUGAGCUGCAGGAACACCUGGAUCAGCUUCGGAGGCUCGUAUUCUGGAGCUCUGUCGGCCUGGUUUAGAGGAAAGUUUCCCAAUCUGGUCUAUGGCGCUGUGGCCUCUUCAGCUCCAGUCCAGGCAAAGCUGGACUUCUCUGGAUACAACAAAGCUGUCGGCUUGAGUCUGAUGAACGAGGCUGUUGGUGGCUCGGAGAAAUGUUUUGCUAAAGUCCGGGAGGCGUUUGCUCGUGUUGAAACAGCGCUGAUGGGAGGGAAUUCAAGCCAGGUUGCUGUGGACUUUGGUUGCUGUCAGACUCCCAAGAAUCUCGAUGAUCAGACUGAGCUUGUGCAAAACCUGGCUGACAUCAUAAUGGGAGCUGUGCAGUAUAAUGAAGAGGGCGUGCUCAUGUCUAUAGCCGAGCUCUGCGGUGUCAUGACCAGUCCUAGUGAGGAAGAGGAGGCAGAGAUGGGGGCCUACAGACAGCUUAUUAAACUCUCACAGGUUUACCGCUCCACCUCUGAGGAGACGUGUCUGGACAUUUCUCAUGAGAAAACCAUGAAGGAUCUGAUGGACACAUCUGUCCACACGCAUAGAAGAGCUGAGAGACAGUGGACAUACCAGACCUGCACUGAGUUUGGCUUUUACCAGACUUGUGAGGACACAACUUGUCCAUUCUCUGGGAUGUUAACCCUGAAGGCUCAGACUCAGCUCUGUGCUGAGGUGUUUGGGAUUUCCCAGCAUUCCCUGCCUGCACGCAUCGCCUUCACCAACAGUUACUACGGAGAAGACCACCCAGACACUAACAGGGUCCUUUACGUCAACGGUGGAGUUGACCCAUGGAAAGAGCUGUCAGUGGUCCAGGGCAGCAGACAGGAUGGAGAUGGGGCUCAGGCCGUCUUCAUUGAGGAUACAGCACAUUGUGCCGACAUGCUGAGCCCAAGAGCCACAGACCGUCACUCACUCAAGACAGCAAGACAGGAGAUUGAGGAACGUGUUACCAGCUGGUUGAGGACAGCAGCUCUGAAGACGAUGGAGACAGUGUCCAUCUGACUGACCAAAUCACAUGAUCAGGUCUCAUCUUUACAUCAUUUUGGAUUUUCUACUUUGUCUUUUCUUCCUCUUAAAUCCCAGCUAUGAACCCUCACUGCAGAUAAGCGCUCCUUUUGGUUUUAGCUUUAUCUAAAAUGUUUAUCAAGACUUCUGCGCAUUUUUUGUUUUUGCUCUAAAACCAACCUUUACACCAUUUCGAUGGUUGGUUCCUAAUGGCUUACUUAUGUCUGUGAUCAUAUAAAAUGUAAUGCCUUGUUUUAUAACCUUUAUCACGUCUUGUCACCUUGUGUGUCCACUAGGGGGUAGUAUUGUUACAUUGACAGGAAACAUGUUUUUACAGAUUCAGAUUGUAAGAUCAAAGUGCUGCUAAAUAAAAACAAAAAUUAACCGACACAUCAUAAUUAUCUCUGUAUUUUUGGUUUAGAUAUGGAUGCCAUGUAGUGAUUUUAGCAGUAAGCUGGGUGUGUUUAGUGGGAAAAAAGGUGAGAGAGUACCAGUUGUCCCAAGGCCAUCUGUCUGUUGGUGUGUGUGUGUGUGUGUGUGUGUGUGUGUGUGUAUAUGUGUGUGUGUGUGUGUGUGUGUGUGUGUGCGUUUAUGCGUGAACCUCUCAGCAGGGGAGCAAAAGUGGUAGGUCGUAACCCCGCUGACCCCGUGGGAGUGGAGAUCAUCAAUCAACCAGGGGCUGGACAGAACAGCAGGAGAGGACACCCACAAGCACACAUACACAUUUAAACAAGCAGAUACUGUACACACACACACACACACACACACACACACACACACACACACAAGCACACAUACACAUUUAAACAAGCAGAUACUGUACACACACACACACACACACACACACACACACACACACACACACACACAAGCACACAUACACAUUUAAACAAGCAGAUACUGUACACACACACACACACACACACACACGCACGCACGCACGCACUCACACAC